AUGUCCGCUGCCCCACUCACUGCGAAGCAGGCCAGGCGACAGGCGUAUGUUGCGAAGCUGGAGAGGUGUCUGACCGAGUACAAGAAGAUCGUCCUCGUCAGCGUCGACAACGUGCGCUCCUUCCAGAUCGCUCAGAUCCGCCGCCUCCUCAGAGGCAAAGCUGAACUGUUGGCCGGGAAGAACACGAUCAUCAAGCGCGUCAUCAAUCAGCUUGACGACGACAAGCUCAAGAACCUCCUUCCGUAUAUAAAGCUCAACGUGGCCUUUGUCUUUACGAAUGGGGACACGUCUGCGAUCCUCAAGGCGUUCAAGAAGACAAAGCGCAAGGCAGCCGCCAAGGCGGGGAUUGUCGCACCGGCUGAUGUAGUCAUCGAGCCCAUGCUCACGCAAUCUGGGCCUGAUCAGCACGGCUUCUAUGCGGCUCUCGGGAUCGACACGAAGAUCAACAAGGGUAAGAUAGAAAUCGUCAACCCUGUCAACCUGAUUAAAAAGGGUGACAUAGUUACGCCCUCCCACGCGACGCUUCUUCAGAGGCUUGAGAUAGACCCCUUCUUCUAUGCCAUGAGCGCGCUCAAUCUCUACGACGAUGGCGAGAUCUAUGAUGCGGCCGUGCUUGAGAUUGACGACUCUGUGAUGGAGGCCAAGUGGAAUGCUGGGCUGGAGGCCUUCGUCUCCUUGGCUCUUGGUGCCAACUUCCCGUGCCUUCCUGCCAUUCCUCACAUCUUCAUGGAUACCGCCAAGAGCUUCAUCGGUGCAGGUGUUGAGGCUGACGUCACCGAGAUUCCCCUUGUUAAGCGUGUCAAGGAGAUCCUUGCUGAUCCCAGUAAGUUUGCCGUUGCUGCUCCUGCGGCUGCCACCGCCGCGGCUGCUGCCCCUGAGGAGGCCAAGAAGGAGGAGUCUGACGACGACGAGAUUGUCGGUGCCGGUGGGAUGUUCGGCGGCGACUCGUCUUCCUCUGAGGAGGAGUCCUCGUCUGACUAG